AUGUCCCGGCCUGCCAAGGGCAACAGAUCCCUGUCACGACUACUGGACGAUGAGCAUGUGUAUGGAUCUAAUUCCAUUCCCGCGGUCAAUCAUGGCUCAGAUACUACGGAACGCUACCCCGAAAUCGAACGAGAGGCUCUUCUCUACGCUAUCAAGGAACAGAAUGUCACGGCUGUGACAUAUUUGGCAGAAAUCAUCCACACGUCCUGCUUCUACGGUACUCUCGGUUGGUGCACAGAUUUGCCUCGUUUGGAUGCUCUGCUAUCGUCAGGCAAAAUUGACCCAAACGUCCGCGAUCCCAUGGGAAACCGUCCAAUUGAUGCCGCCUGUGCACGCGGGGAUUCUCCAAUAUUGCAACGUCUCUACGCCGUCACUACCGCCAGCGACAUUCAAGACGGCUCAGGGAAUACACUUAUGCAUUUAGCCACCAAAGGCAGUCAUUACGCGAUGGUGGAAUUUCUUAUCAAAGAGAGGGCAGAUAUUAAUACUGCGAAUGAAGCCUGUUCCAUACCGUUACAAUUAGCCACGAAUUCCGAGGUGCGAAGGCUCCUUGUCGACAACAGUGCGAAGAUGCACCCGGUUGAUCAUUCCGAUCGCCUAAUGCGCGAUGCUAUCCAUACAAUGCUUUGA